UUAAAUUUUUCAGUAUGGCGGAUUGCAAGCAGACUUUUUCGCGUAAAGGAUUGACUGUAGAUGAAAUUUUGAGCCUUUUGGAGAGCGAUGAUGGAAAUAUUAACAAUGAAAAUUUUAUUUACGUAGAGCUACUAAUCGAACUUGAAGACCAAGCCACAGAUGAGGACAGUGAUAAAUCGGAUGAGGAGCACGAUGCUAAUUUGAACCAAAUAGGAUGUAAGUUAUUGCGAACUAAAAGCGAACUCCGUCGUUUUCACACAAAUAGGGGAUCUAAUCAAGAUCAGAUAACAAUGUACGGUCGCAACCAAUUUCGAAAACAUGACAAUGCCAACUGCCACGCGGUGAUCACACGUGAAUAA